GAGCUUAUCAGAGCAUAAACAUAUCUGAGGAGAUCGUGAGAUUUUUUGAAAAAUGACGCCGAAUUUGUCGCCGAUUCAAAGCGCGACAUUCGGCGUCGGUGUGAACGUAGCAUAAGGGGGACCUAUUAUGCUAAUUUUGGACCCUUUGUAUGGAUUUGUGGACUUCUAUAGAGCAGCUACACACACACACGCACACAGAAAGUUUCCGAGAUCUGCACAGAUUCUGUCACAAGUAGUGGUGUGCGAUACCGCUAGAUUUGGUAUCGAUCCGAUACCAAGUACAUACAGAAUCAUUAUCGCCGAUACCGAUGCAGACAAUGACAAGACCAAUUAAUGCCUCGAUUAGCCUAGCAUUCAUAAUCUACAGUAUGCGAUAACUAGCAGAGCAAAAGCUAACAGUUAGCUAACUGGCCAACAAGCGCUAACAUUUUAGACACACAAAUUAGUGCGAAAUUAAACACAGUCACAUCUGUUUUACGUCUGCAUUAGUCAUUUAUUUCACGAAAUUACCUCAUAAAUUUGACUGGAUGCACUAAAUGGGCUUCAACGGCAGCCGCGGGGUAGCUGGGUGCAUUCUGGGAAUUGUAGUAGUACUGCCGCGUAUCAGCUAAUAGCCUACUUGCUGUAAAAUUUCCUCAUCCAAUGUUAGAAGACUUGUUAGAGAAAUAUCAGAAGGCUCCCAGAGUGCUGGUAGCACUCCAUUGGUAAAAAAAAAAGGCCUUUGCAGGGUGGAGGCACAACCAGGAGCUGGCACAUUAAUUCCCAGCACCACAAAAGGACCACGACACCUAAGGCUGACCUUACAUUCGACAGCGAGGACGACUCCGCACGCAAAACUUGGGACUUGGCACAGGUUUGCUUCUCACGAUCACAGCUCUGUGCCACUUUGAAAUUGCGGUAAGAAGUUCCCUCCGGUGCAAACUUCGGAAGUGUUUGGAAAAAGAGGCGACACAAUGGAUGUGGAUGGAGUGGACUACGAGUACCCAGAUUUUGACCCUAUGCCCAACAGGAUUAAAAAAGAAGUAAUUCUUCCAUGUGACCCUACAGCAGAUGACAGGCUCUACCACAUAUGCAUCAGCGCAGUAUCUCUCGUUGUCAUGGUGAUCCUUGCAGUCUUAGCCAGACGCACAAAGGCGGCGGGCAGCAGACAAAAAGGACUUCCAGGUUUACUCAGUCCGGUCAACUUCCUGGACCAUACUCAGCACAAGGGCCUGGCCGUGGCUGUGUUUGGAGUUCUCUUGUGCAAACUCUGUGGCCUGGUCAUAUUGCCAAACCCUCUCCCCUUCACAACGGACGCAGAGAACAAACAGAACUGGAUGAUCCUGGGUGUCUUCUUCUACCCCUUACUUUACUACCCUCUCCUGGCAUGUGGCACCUUGCACAAUAAAGUGGGCUAUGUUCUUGGUAGCCUUUUGUCAUGGACGCACUUUGGCGUCCUGGUUUGGCAGAAGAUCGACUGCCCGAAAACACCACAGAUACAUAAACACUACUCGCUGUUUUCCAGCCUACCCCAGAUAGCUUGCUUGGCAUUCCUUAGUUUCCAGUAUCCUCUUCUCCUAUUCAAGGGCUUGAAGGGCACUGAAAAGAAUAAUGUUACUGAGGAUCUAAACAGCAGCUAUUACGACGACUAUGUGAAGAAAUUGCUUAAGAAAAAGAAUCCAUUGAAAAUCAGCACAUCAAGAACCGAGACACCUAAGCUCCCCCAACGAAUAAUUGAUGCCGUAAAAUCUUACAUGUAUACACCAGAGGAAGCUUUCCGAUUCCCUCUAAAGUUGGCCAUAUCUGGUGUGGUGUCAUUCAUCACACUCUAUCAGGUUGGCCUGCUGCUGAUCAUAGCAGUGGUGCCUUCACUGCAAAUUGCCCGCAUGGGAGUCGAUGAAGACAUUGCCAACGUUUUAGCCGGCUUCAAGAUUGUCCUCUCUCCAGAUAAACAUGAAGUGGUCCGAAUAGUAGUGUAUCACAUGUGGUGUGUGGAGGUGUGCUACAUCUCAGCGAUGACCCUGUCAAGCCUUGUCAACUUGGCAAUGUUCAUGAGGUCCAUGGUUCUCCAUAGGUCAAACCUGAAGGGGCUGUACAGGGGAGAUAUCUAUAAUGUUUAUAACUGCCAGAGAAGUAUUCGGGCUUCGCGGCCUGCACUGGUCUGCUGGAUGGGAUACACCAGCUUCACAGCGGCUCACAUCUGCAUCGCCAUGUUCGUCCAGACCAUGGUGUUCUUCCUGUGUCUUCUCAUCGCCGUUUUCCUCAUUAUCUUGCCCAUCCUGCACCAGAAGAACCUGAUUCUGUUUCAGAUCCUGUGGAGCAUGUGGCCUUUUUGGCUGAUGAUCCUACUGGCUGUGCUGAUUCAGCAUAUAACCGCCAGGUUUUGUUUUAUCAAAAAGAGGGCUGGCACAAGAAACCUUGACAACAGAGGAAACCUCUUCCUGCUGACCUUCCUGCUGUUUCCAGUCAAUGUUCUCAUCGGGGUGCUACUAGCAGUCUGGCGCAUGAUCAUCACAGCCUUGUUCAACAUAGUUCACAUGGGACGCAUGGACAUCAGCCUUCUGAAUAGAAAUGUGGAAGCAUUUGAUCCAGCCUACCGCUGUUACGCUCAUUAUCUGAAGAUUGAGGUGAGCCAGUCGCACCCUGUGAUGAAGGCUUUCUGCGGGAUGCUGCUGCAGUCCGUGGGCCAGAAGAACAAUGUCGUGCCGAGGUCACAGGAUGCUGAAGAGGGGAUUCAGCUAUUCCAGCAGCAGAAAAAGCACCCCAAGGUUUCCAGUAUGAAGCGAGCCCGAGGCCACUGGCAUCUCCUCUACACGCUGGUCAACAACCCCUCCCUGGUGGGCACCAGGAAGCACUUCCAGCAGCAUGUGGCCGCAGAGAUUCUGAACGGGAGCCUGAAGGGCAGCACCAAAGACGACAGGAAGGAAGCGGAGGCGGCCGCUUGCAACUGAACAUGAGCCCCAAUAUGGAGGAUUGUCUUGAAUGAAUGAUAACAGUCCUGGUAUUUUUCCACUCCUUGUGUAGGUCAGUGCCUCUGGUUGAGAUCUUCACCAAGUCCUGCCACUUCUCUGUUUUCUUCUGGGUGUCCCACCAAGCCCCCCCCCCCAGGCCCUUAUGCACAUGGUGUCCAGUUGGUGGGAGGGGCCUGUGUGGGCAUUCAUCAUAAUGUGUCAUCCUCAACACAUAAAUACUGUACCACUUAUUUGCCUCUUCUCAAUACAGCCACAAUCCGUAUGUUGCAGGUGUGUACUAAACGUGGAUUGUGAAGACUUAGCAUUCUUUUUAAAGAGGGUAUUUAUUCUACAAAAUGGCUAUUUAUGCAUUUAUUGAAUUAAGGGUUGUCAGUGCCACCCCCUCCCUUUUCUUCCAGUUACCUUUCAAUUGUGUGUGAUUAUAACAAUAACGUGGAAAAUGAAACAUAUUUGUAUUCUACAAACACUACCUUCGUUUUUUUUUUUUUGCACUUAAACGUAUCAUUUUAUCAGAAAUUCUGAAUGAAAAUACACUGGAAAUAAAAAAGGAUAUAUUGUGAGAUUAAAAAAAACAAAACUUAUCAUCUUUUUUGAAAAAAAAAAUCAUGCGAGUAUAAAAUUAAAAACAUUUACCGUCA